UUGGAUAUUCACAAAAUGAGAAAAGAAAUUUUGUUCGAUAACGACAUCUGGAACUUUUUGGAGAAGAGUUUCUCCCCCGUCCCUGUCCGGCAUCCGCGGACCGCGAGCGUCAGUGUAGUGGAGAGUGAGUUAGUGAACACAAGUGUGCUGUUUAGCCCCGCGCGUGAUUCUUUCACCAUGGGGAGGAAAAGUCCAAGCAAGGAUCAGCAUCCUAUGUCCCAUAACUACAAGAUCGUUGUAGUUGGAGGUGGAGGUGUAGGGAAAUCAGCCAUCACCAUCCAGUUCAUUCAAAGUUACUUCGCUACAGACUACGAUCCAACCAUUGAGGAUUCGUAUACCAAGCAGUGUGUUAUCGACGACGUGGUGGCCAAGCUGGACAUUCUGGACACAGCAGGCCAAGAGGAAUUCAGUGCCAUGAGGGAGCAGUACAUGCGCUCAGGGGAAGGUUUUCUGCUGGUGUUCUCCGUCACUGAUCGUAACAGUUUUGAUGAGCUACCUCGCUUCCACAAACAGAUCCUACGAGUAAAGGACCGAGAUGAAUUCCCCAUGCUGAUGGUGGCCAACAAAGCAGAUCUGGAGCACCAGAGAGUGACAAGCAUUGAAGAAGCUCAUGCACUUGCCCGGCAACUCAAGAUCCCUUACAUUGAGUGCUCUGCCAAAAGCCGCACCAAUGUUGACCAAUCUUUCUACGAACUAGUGAGAAUAAUCCGAAAGUUCCAGGUAGCUGAGCGACCUCCAUCAAAGCCAGCUGCCAAAAAGGACAAAAAGAACUGUGUAAUUGUCUGAGGACUGAUGACAACUACAUUUAUGAAUGUGUAGACAAAUAACUAAACAUGGAACAGUUCAGAAGAAAUGUCAGAACACUAUGUGCAUUUCUGAACUAUAGUUUUCAUAAGCUUUUUGGUGGAACAUUUGAAUUUAAAUAAUGUGACUUGUACCAUGUGCUAUUGUGCAAAAAAACAAAUGUAGGGAAUAUGUUUUUUACAGGAAAAUGUGAUUAGGAACGAGUACAAUCCCUAUUUCAAAGUGAUUUCUGGUAAAAUUAUUUUAAUUCUAAACCAUGGGUUAGUGCAAAAAUAGAGUUUUAUCACAAGAUUUCAAACAACACUUAAGUAUUUCAUGAAUUUGAUUAAAGGUAAUGUAGAAUUUUGGAAAAAAAACAUGAUAUCAGUGUUAGAUGAAAAAUCCACUUGAUGUAAUGUAUUUCAGUAGCAGCUAUUUCACAAUUAUUUAUGUUAAAUUGUCACUUCCAGUGUUGUGGCAGAGGCUUGUGUAAUGUGCAAGGGUGCCAGUCUGACGCAUAAACUGAUGUAUAGUCACCUCUUGCAUGUCCAGUGAAGUGUAAAAAGAAAAUCUAAAGUACAUCCAUCUUAUAUUGGUGUUCUAGGUAGAUCUGAUGUAUCAGUAAGAGUACUUAGUGUAUGACUAUAUUGGGUAUGUUAGGUCACAAGUAGGAGUACAAUAUUAAUUAAAGAAAAGUUAACUACAUUAAGGUAAAGCCAGUCACAAGUAAAGGUAAACUUUGUGCUCCAGCCUUUAGUGUACAUCCCAUACUGAGAAAGUCCAAAGCCAUGGUAAUAAUAUGAUACUGAAAUCAGUGAAGAUAUACAGUAUGUAGAUUUAGAGAAAAACUACUAUUAUGCAAGUAUUUGUUCAACUUCAGUACACUCUAUUUGUUCCAUUCUUUACACUUAAUCUUAUAUUUGCUGGAACACCUGAAUAAAGUGGAUAUAUACAUUGCAUAUUAAGUUUUGAAUAAAGUGGAUAUAUAUUAUUCAUACGUAGCCAGUUUUGUGUUGAAUAUAAAAUAAAUAUAUAAAUAAAUUAUCUACCUUAAAAAAAAAAAAGUGGCAGACAAUUAUUUGAGGAGUAUAUAAUAUAUCUGAUAUACAUAACAGGAAAAUUUUUGUCUUCUUGACAAACAUACUUAUAUAUUACAUUUAUGUGUGUAAUGUGCCUUGAAUGGAGCUCUGAUUUAUGAAAAUUUAUUCAACGAAUAAAAAAAACCAUGAUCAUGUUAACGGACUAUAUGCCAAGUGAAUGGAAA